AACAGUCCAGCUCAUUUUCGCCGUUUCUACGAUCUCACGGACGAAAAUCGAGCUGCAGCCAUGGAGCAGGAUGAGCUGCGUGAUCAGCUGGUGGAUCCAAAAUCCCCGAUAAACAUCGAAAGCUUGCUCGACACCAUCACAGCGCUCGUCAAUGAUUGCAAAAUUCCGGUGCUCAUGCGGAUGAAAAGCGUCGACAACUUCAUUAGCAGAUAUGAACGAGUUGUCGAAAGUUUGGCCGCUCUUCGAAUGAAAGCUGCCGAUUUCAGACAAUUGAAGGUUAUUGGAAGAGGAGCAUUCGGAGAAGUUCAUCUGGUUCGACACACACGAACGAACACUGUGUACGCGAUGAAGAUGCUCAAUAAGGAUGACAUGAUCAAACGAGCUGACUCUGCAUUCUUCUGGGAGGAACGUGAUAUUAUGGCUCACGCGAAUAGCGAAUGGAUCGUGAGGCUUCAGUAUGCAUUCCAGGAUCCUCGUCAUUUGUACAUGGUGAUGGAAUAUAUGCCAGGUGGAGAUCUCGUGAAUCUGAUGACAUCCUAUGAAGUAUCGGAAAAGUGGACUCGCUUUUAUACGGCUGAAAUUGUCGAGGCGCUGGCCGCCCUUCACAGUAUGGGAUAUAUUCAUCGAGAUGUGAAGCCGGACAAUAUGCUCAUUUCGAUCAGCGGACACAUAAAAUUGGCAGAUUUUGGAACAUGCGUGAAGAUGAAUGCCAAUGGAGUUGUGCGAUGCUCCACAGCAGUCGGAACUCCUGAUUACAUAUCACCGGAAGUUUUGAGAAAUCAAGGACAAGAUGCUGAAUUUGGAAAAGAAGUCGAUUGGUGGUCUGUUGGUGUGUUCAUAUAUGAAAUGCUUGUUGGAGAAACACCAUUCUAUGCCGAGGCACUUGUAUCAACUUAUACAAAUAUUAUGAAUCAUAAAACAAGUCUGAAAUUUCCUGAUGAGCCAUUAAUUUCUACCCAAGCCAAGGAUAUUAUCAAGAAAUUCCUCUCGGCGGCUCCAGAUCGUCUUGGAAGAAAUAGCGUCGAUGAUAUUCGAAAUCACAAGUUUUUUGUUAAUGACGAAUGGACAUUUGCCACUCUCAGAGAAGCAUCUCCACCGGUCAUUCCUUCAUUAAAAUCGGACGAUGACACGACACAUUUCGAAGAAAUCGAGACCCGUGAUCGAGAUAAUGCGGGAGACUUUCAAUUGCCGAAGACAUUUAACGGAAAUCAACUACCAUUCAUCGGCUUUACUUAUUCGAACGAGUACAGUCCUGUGAAGAAUCUUCUGAAGGGCCAUGGUGCUGGAUCAAAACAGAACGGAAUUGAACAGCAUAAACCGCAAACUGUUGUUGAGCAACCAUUGACGAAUGGGCAUGCGUCUGGUGUUCCUGAAGAAAAAUAUGAAGCAGUUAAGAUGGAGUUGGACUCGAAAAACCGAGAAUUCGAACUUUUGAAGGAUAGCAUUGCUCGAAAUGAGAUCCGAGCGAAGAUGAUCGAAAAUGAGAAGAACUCAUUGUCCACAAAAAUCUCCGAUCUCGAACGAGAACUCAAGGAUAAUAAAGAUAAACUGAGGCAUGGCGCUGAUUCGGAUGCAAAAGUUAACGAAUUGGCUGUCGAGUUACGAAUGUCCAAAGAGUACAAUAGUGAGAUGGAGAGCGAAUUGAGCAAGUUUCGGGACAAGUGUGAGCAGCUCAAGGAAGAUCUUCGCAAAAAAUCUGGAGAGCUUGCUCAGGAGAAGAAUGAAACUCAACGGGUAUUCCAGCAGAAGAAGGACGCUGAUGAAGCAUUUGCCGAGAUUAAACGGGAUUAUGAACUAUUACAAACCAGAGAAAAUGAAAAGUCUGUUCAAUUGAAGAAAGCGCUUGACGAACGAAAAGAGAACGGAGCCUAUCAGCAAAGUGUUGCAAAGGCGACAGAUGCUGAAUGGGAGCGAAAAAUGCAGUUUUAUGAGAAGCAGUUGGAGCAUGCGAAUGAUGAACGGAAAAGAGAAGAGCAAAAGCGAACGGCUGCAGAAUUCGAUCAAAGCAGGGUGGCAAGGAAAUUGGCUGGGAUUGAAGCGAAUUAUGAGCUGCUGCAGAAUGACUAUAAAAGUAUGAAGGAAGCAAGGAAGGAUCUUGAAAGAGAUCUUCAGGAUGUCAUUACUGAGAAAAGGCGACUUGAAAUACGUGUCGAACAGUUGAUGGACAGCCGGAACACCGACGAACGGGUAUUAUCGCUCUGUCAGGAUGAGCUCGUGGAAAGUCAAGAGGAAGCAAAGUAUAAGGAAGAUGGAUUGAGAGGAAAGAUUGACGGAUUUAAACAUGAACUUGAGAAUGAGAAGAUGAAGACUCAAACUUUGGAGGAAAAUCUUCUGGUAGCUGAUAAGGAGAGGGGCAUGCUGAAAAUGGAAGUUCAAGAGCUGAUGCAAAGGCAUAAAUGGGAGAUUACCAACAAAGAUCAAACGCUGAAACAUCUUGAGACUCAACUAGACGAAAUAAAGCAACAAUCAAAGAUCGAGUCGUCUGAGCAGGAAUCGAAUGAUAAGCAGACGAUCGCUGAUCUUCGAAAGAAGUUGGAUCUAGAGAAAGCUCACAAGAAGGCUGUAAUCAAUAAGUUAGAAGAGGAAAUGGCAAAGCGGCAACCAUUGAAAAAGGGUGAAAAGGGUGUCACAAAGUCUGCGUUGAUAAAGAAAGAACGAGAGAUUAUGGCUCUCGAACAAGAACGCGAUACGAUGAGUAAAAGGAUUGCCGCUCUGUUUUACGAAAAUGAUAAGCAAGCCGAGCAUUUCAACAUUGCGAUUCAAGAUAUGCAGACUACACAAGACGCUUUACGAGAUGAGCUUAAAGAAUGCAAAGAGGAGUUAGCCAACAGAAAUGUGAAUACUCGAUAUGAAGAUAAACGAUCAUUGGAUUCUCGAGAAGGGAUUCCAUCUUCGUUAAGCAAUCAACAUAUUCAAAUGGAAGGCUGGCUAUCGCUCAGAGAUAAUACAAAGAAGUCACGGAAACCGAAGUGGACCAACUGCUUUGUUGCGCUUAACGAGUAUUCAUUCACAAUCUAUGUCGACGAAAAAGCCGUGUCUGUGAUUCUUUUGAUUGAAGCCGGAGCUAUGGCUCAUGUUCGACACGUCACUGCUGCUGAUUUGAGAAAUGUCGACGAUAGUCAGUUACCUAAGAUAUUCCAUAUCAUGUAUGACGACGCGUCGUGCAAUUCGUCACGACACGCCUCCAAUUCAGAUCUCUCAAUGAUUGAAUCGUUCCGAGAAGAAAGUUGGAAGCGGCACGAUUUCCAAGAGCUCUCCUAUCACAUACGCACGUUUUGUGAUGUCUGCAAUAAGAAAUUGUCUGACAUUAUCCGACCGACGCCUGCAUUCGAAUGCAAAAAUUGCCAUUUCAAGACACACAAGGAUCAUGUUGCUCAAGGAUCGUUGCCAAUGUGUCGAUACAACACGGGUCUCUCUCGUGAACUCGUUCUUAUGGCUCCACAAACGGAUAACUGCAAUAAAUGGGUAUCACAACUUCGACGCUUCAUUGAAUCAUCACGAUCAGCGGCAGUUUCAGUGUCUCGUGUCUCUUCACGACGACAUGCUCCAGGAUCGUCAAACUCUUCCACAAUCUAUCAAUAGUCUCUGAAUGAAUUCUCUGUGAUACUUUUAUUCAGUUUUCUCUUCGUUUUUUCUCGCUUUAGUGUGUAUUCUUUCAAUUCCUGUCGAUAGUUUAUCAUAUCCAUCCCAUCAAAAAUGCAUCAUCAUCUGUUUCAUAAACAUGAUUUCCGUUAUAACUCGUGUCUAUCUGAUUUUUCUAAUUUCGUUGUUCCUUCUUUUCCAACAAUUCCAUCAUCCACCCAUCCAAAGUUCAACAUCCACCGCCAACUCAUCUCUCCCAUCUCAUUUUAUUCUAUUUUUGUGCCGACAGUAAGUCGAUUUCUCAGGGCUUUUUCCUGAUUUUCCUUUGGCGUCUACCUUUUAUGUUCUAUUCAUCCUCCUCGACGGGAAUUUGAGCUCCAGCGUUCGAUUAUCAAUUUCAGAGCAUAAGCCGGAUCUAGAUUCUCUCCCUUUCACUCAUCCAUUGCGUGUUUCAUUUUUUUUUAUACAUUCAUUUUUACAUUCAUUUCGCUUUUCCUUCGCUCUCUCUUGUUCCCAAAUUUUCUUCCACAUUUCUCCCACAUCGCUUACGGAUCGAACUGCAAUGAUUCCCUUAUUGUUUUUUUUCAAGUCAGUCUAUUUCCGUUUGUACAGUCAACUGACGAAUUCCCACACAUUCAAUCCAGCACGUUCCUAUUUUCUUCUUUGAUUAUUUCGAAGUAAUAAUGUUAAAUAUUUUACAAUUCGAUCAAUCCUACCGUAUAAAAAGUUCGCAAAACACCCCGCAUUUGGUGGGGGUGUUGAAGCGCACGAAGACAAAAGUUUU